GAAAAAUUGUGAGUUUUUGCAUGUGUUUGUGUGCGUGCCUGUGUCUGUGUCUGUGAAAGCGGCAAAAUGCGAGGCCACAAUUUAAAUUGACAAAAGAAGAGAAAACAAACUAAAACAAAAAUCAAUUCACAAAUUUGAGGCCAGGAAAUAACAGUUAUAAAUAAAAUGGAGGACGAACUGCGCUGCCCCACCUGCAAGCAGCUUUAUGCGAAUCCUGUGCUACUCCCCUGUUUCCAUGCCCUCUGCCUGGGCUGCGCUUUGGACAUACAAACACCCUACACCCAGGGCAUGGCAUUGGCCGCCGUGGGCGGCUCAGCUGCUGGUGGUCCCAACAAUCCGGCCGCCCACAAUGGCAUCCAUGCUGCCAGCAAUAGCUCUGCUGCUGCCGCCGCUGCGGCCGCCACAGCCGCACCCAGUGUGGUGCCCACAGCCAAUGGUCCGGGCACGCGCCACUCGUCGCAUAGUUCGGCGGCCAGCACAGCGAGCUCGGCUACGGGCAGCGAGAGCGUCACCUCCGAUCAGGAUCAGUCGGACAAGGUGAGCAUCUUUAGUGAGGCCGAUUCCGGCGUUGUUUGCUGCUCCAACACAUCGCGUCCGGUCUCUUAUGCGGGCACAGCCCAGGGGCUGCAGGGACUGUUGCAGGGCGCCGUGGUGGCCCCACCAGGUGCCGCCUACUGCCUCACCUGUCCGCUCUGCCGCAAGCUCGUCUUCUUCGAUGAUGGUGGCGUCCGCAACUUGCCCACCUAUCGCGCCAUGGAGGCCAUUGUAGAUCGCUUCUGCGCUCGGGAGGCGCUCCGCUGCCAGAUGUGCGAAACAGAUCCCAAGGUGGCGUCCCUCAUAUGCGAGCAGUGCGAGAUUCGCUAUUGCGAUGCCUGUCGCGAGUUGUGCCACCCGGCACGUGGACCGCUCGCCAAGCACACGCUGGUCAAGCCCCGUGGAGCGGCCCAGCAGCGGGAAUCCGUCUGUGGGGAACACGAAGAGACACUCUCACAGUAUUGUCUCAACUGCAAGAUACCCGCCUGUGGACAGUGUAUUGGAGAGCAGCGCCACCAGGCGCAUGAUGUGCAGUCCAUCAAUGUGACUUGCAAGGCACAAAAGACAGAACUUUCACACAAUCUGCAACAAUUGUCGGAGAAGGCACGUUCCACAACAGAAUUCAUCCAGCGGUUGAAGGGCAUGAGCGACAAAGUGACGGAAUCCUGCAUGGAAUUCGAGCGCUUGGUGCACGCACAAUGCGAGGCUCUCAUCCAAGCCAUACACGACCGACGCGAAUACCUUUUGGAGGCUAUACGCAUGGACAAGGACACCAAAAUCAGAAUACUAAAGGAUCAGCAAUCAAACUGUACAGGAAAACUACAACAGACCACCGGACUCAUACAGUUCUGCAUCGAGGCAUUGAAAGAGACUGACAGCGCGGCCUUCUUGCAGGUCGGCUCCAUGUUGAUCAAUCGUGUGGCCAACACCGACAUGACUUGGCAUCAGGAGGUCACAAAUGCAGCGCCACGCGUCUCCCCAAUUGUGGACUUGACUCUCGAUGAUGCGGCUCUGGCACGUGCCAUCGACAAUUUGAACUUCAUACAAAUGAAAGCUGUCAAAGAUGGAGAAGAAAGAUGUCCGGCAGCACCCUUAACGCCCACCAUAUUGCCGGCCGAUUGUUCAGCGGAAAAUAAUUCUGUGACCGUUGCGUGGCAGCCGCCCAGUCAUUCCUUUGUCGAAGGUUAUGUCCUGGAACUAGACGAUGGCAGCGGCGGAGAGUUUCGGGAAGUUUAUUGCGGCAAGGAAACAAUUUGCACCGUCGACGGUCUACACUUCAAUUCCAUGUACAAUGCGCGCGUGAAGGCCUUCAAUAGUGCCGGCGAGGGUGAAUACUCCGAGCUGAUUGGACUGCAGACGGCGGAAGUGGCCUGGUUCACGUUUGAUCCCGUGCUCAGCGGUGGCGCCGGUUCUGGUCUAAUCUUCAGCAAAAAUAAUGCCACAGUCUCUGUCGAGGGCUGGGAGCACCGGGUGGCGCUCGGCUCGGUGGGAUUCUCGCGCGGCGUCCACUACUGGGAGUUCACCAUCGACAACUAUACGGCAGACACGGAUCCGGCCUUCGGAGUGGCGCGCAUCGAUGUGGCCAGAAACAAGAUGUUGGGCAAAGAUGAGAAGUCCUUCGCCAUGUAUAUUGAUCGUCAGCGCUCCUGGUUCCAACACAACUCCAUACACGAGCGGCGCGUUGAGGGCGGCAUAACCACAGGCAGUACCAUUGGUGUACUCUUGGAUCUGGAGCGACACACGCUAAGUUUUCUGGUGAACGAAAUGCCACAGGGAUCUGUGGCUUUUCGCGACCUCUACGGCGUAUUCUAUCCGGCGGUCAGCAUAAAUAGAGGCGUGACCCUAACUAUGCACACAGCCCUCGAUGCCCCCAAGAUGGACUAUUUCUAAGAUGCAUUUAUGGUUGGCAAGUUUAGUGAAUUGUAUAUAUAGUAUACAUAUAACUUAAAGUAGCAAUUAUCGGUGUCUAUAUAUGAAGAGUACAUACACAACUUACUGGCAACUAAAUAUACAUAUAUACCUAUAUAUGCGUCUAUUUAUAAAUAUAUACACAUAUUACCCACUCUACUUCAUAUGCUAAUAUCGUAGUUUUCGGGCAAAGUUUAGCGACAUAUCUCGUAUCUCUAUCGCAUGUCUAGUGUAAGGGGGUGGGCGGGGAAUGCGUUUGUAAAACGUAGCGAAGGUUUGGUGGGAUGGACAAAAUAUUUAUCAAAGAAUACUUUGCUUAUAAAUCAAAUAAUUAUUACAAAUAAUUGAAAACUUCAUGUAAAAUACAAUAAAAUACAAAAUGGAAUAUUCAAAGCAAUUUUGAAAUGUUCUUUGCAUUUAGCAAACAGAAAGAAGCCAAAUAUUUAGCAACGUGCAAAACAACAACCAAAAAUCAAAUACAAUUUAAAUGCAUACAAAUAAAUGGCAAAUAAAUAACUUAAAAUACAAACAUCCAAUUAGCUUUUAGUGUAGUUACAAAUUUGCAUUCUAUGUGCGUAAUGGGGUAUGUACUUGCAUUUUCUGAAUACAAUACAAUUCUAAGCGCAUUACGAAUGGCAUAAACAAAAGGCGGCUUAAAACAAAUGGAAUGAUAACUCAUUUUUGAAGGCUGUGGGAAGUGCAGCGAAAAAUAAUUCAAAUGAAAAUUAACGCACCCACAAUUUUUAGUUUGAAAGACUGAAUGAAAAAGUUUGUAAUGUAAAACAAUGAUUGCGAAAUAUUUAAAUUAAAAUGCGAAAUUAAUUUUCCAAAU